CAGACGGGCGUGGGGCGAGCCCGGGCAGCAGCGGCAGCGGGAGCUGCUUCCAUCCAUCCCGGGAAGAGCCGGGAAGGCUCCGGGCUCCCACCGCCGGCCAUGGCCAAAGCACAGGAACGGCCCCCGGCUCUGUCGGAUAUCCAGCAGCGACGGGAAACGCCUUUGCUGGGGUUCCUGGGCACGGCUUCGGGAGGGAUGGCCGAGGGAGAGAGUCCGGCCGUGCCGAGGGUCCCACGUCCCCGCUGCCGGGGGGGGGCCGGGGCUCGGGGUGGCCCCGCUCCGGGCCGGCCGAGCCCCGCUCCCUCCGUGCCUCCCGCAGGUCCUGGCGCUGACGGGCGUCACCCUCCCGGCAGCGCUGCUCAGCCUCCUGGGCAGCGGAUCCGUCCUCGCUGUCACCUCCUGGCAGGGGCGCUGCUGCCACAUCCAGCUGCGGCCCCUGUUCCUCCUGGCCCUGGCAGAUUUCCUGGCCGCCACCGCGCUGCUGGGCACGGGAACCAUCCCGCUGCUGCCGGCCCCGCUCUCCGUGCCCGCCUACGCCGCCUGUCCCUACGGGCGGAUGCUGACCACGACCUCCUACGCCGUCUCGUUCCUCAUGGUCGUUGUUUACGCGUUCGAGUCGCACCGCACCGUCCUCGGGGGGCGAGCCCGGCCCCCGGCAGCGCUGCAGGAGCGGAGCCGCUGCCUGGAGCGCGCCUGGCAGGCGAUUCCCUACAUCCUGGCCUGGCUGGUGCCGGCGCUGACGCUCCUGGCGCAGCUGAUCGCCCGCGGCACCUCCGUCGCCGACAUCGCGCCCGUGGUGCCCUGGGACGGCCGUGGCUCCAACGACACCUUCAGCCUUUACUGCUCCAGCUGCCUCCUCCUGAUCCACCCGAACCAGGACAUCUGCUCCCAGUCCGGCGGGGGGAAGAACGCGGGGCUGGAGGAGAAAAUCAUCUUCCUGCUGUACCUGCUGCUGGUGCUCGGCUGCUGCUCGCUCCUGUACCGGCGGGUGCGGCUCCGGUGCCGGGGGAACGCGGCGCUGCCGCUGCUGAGCCUGGACAGGGACGGCGGCUUCGGGGGCCGGAGCGGCCGCAGCGUCAGCAAAGCCUCCCUGUACUUCCAGCUGGUUUUCCUGCUCUGCUGGACGCCAGCCUUCCUCCUCACCAUCCUCUCCUUCACCAGCAUCAGUCCUGCCUCGCUCUUUGUCCUCUACGUGUCCACAGCCCUGAGCGUGUCCCUGCAGGGGUUCCUGCACUGCCUGGUCUAUGCCUGGAUGAGGGAGAACUUCCGGCGGGAGGUGCUGGCCCGGAGCCCCCCCCUGCAGAGCCCCGGGGGGAUCCAGGCUUUCUACCACGACUCCCUGGAGGCUGCUCCCUGAGCUCCCACCUCAUCCCGUUCCCUGGAGGCUGCUCCCUGAGCUCCCACCUCAUCCCGUUCCCUGGGGGCUGCUCCCUGAGCUCCCACCUCAUCCCGUUCCCUGGAGGCUGCUCCCUGAGCUCCCACCUCAUCCCGUUCCCUGGGGGCUGCCCAAAGCCCCCGCGGGAUUUGCACAUUCCCAGCAGCUCAGAGAAUCCUGGAAUGGUUGGGUGGAAGGGACCUCAGAGCCCCUCCAGUGCCAGCCCUGCCAUGGCAGGGACACCUCCCACGGCUCCCGGUGUCCCGGCAGGAUCCCCCUGGAUGCGGCCCCUCGUGCCUGGAGCGGUUUGGGGAGGGCACAGGUGGGGCUGGGCAGGUCCCACAGCGCUGGAGGCACCCGCAGCCCCUCCCUGCUGGAGACUCCCAACUUCCAACUCCUGCUCCGUGCAGAGAGCAGAUCCACAGGGACGGAGCACGGGAUCCCGGAGUCACUGAGGCUGGAAAAGAAGCUGUGGCUGCCCCUGGAUCCCUGGCAGUGGCCAAGGC